CCUCCGUUGACGUCAGCGAGCGAGCGGGCGCCGGGCGGCCUUCACAAAGGGUGAAAUGGCGAGGAGCGGUAGGCCUCUACGGCGGGUUUUUUGCGAUGUUUUCGAGUUUCCGGCCCACUUUGCCCGGGAGAGACAGUCUAAACACGUCGUCAGGUAUCUGUCAUCUUGUGGCAUUCUAAUGAACAGAACUCCAUUACUCAAGACACCAAGACAUUGCCCUAUACAACAAACAAACUUUUUCAACCUUGCUGGGCCGCUAAUAAACAAGAAGAAAGAGUAUUCUGAGAGACGAGUAAUGGGGUUUUCAAUGCUGGAAAUGUACAAUGUAGUGUCUGGUGUUGCUGACUACAAGCAUUUUGUACCAUGGUGCAAGAAAUCAGACAUCAUAUCUAAACGCUCUGGGUACGCCAAAGCUCAGCUAGAAAUAGGAUUUCCACCAAUAGUUGAACGGUACACCUCGGUUGUGACUUUGGUGCGACCACAUUUAGUUAAGGCUUCUUGUACUGAUGGGAGACUAUUUAAUCAUUUGGAGACAAAUUGGCGAUUCAGCCCUGGGGUUCCUGGAUAUCCAAGGACCUGCACUGUUGACUUUUCGAUUUCUUUUGAAUUCCGUUCUUUGCUGCACUCUCAACUUGCCACUGUUUUUUUUGAUGAAGUUGUUAAGCAGAUGGUAGCAGCCUUUGAAAGAAGAGCAAAGAAAAUGUAUGGUCCAGAAACCAACAUCCCACGAGAACUUAUGCUUCACGAGGUGCAUCAGACGUAAAUAAAGGUUGGAAGGAGCCGUUGUAGGUCCCCUUUAAAAAAAAGUUGUAUAAUUUAUUUAUUAGUGUGGUGCUUUUCCACAUCUGCAAAUGUGGGAGCGAUUUUUUCUUUACCUACAUGUAUAACUUGAUUUUAUAAUAUGACACUGUAAUCAUCUUGGAAAGCCCCUCUGGCAAAGUGUUACAUAUAUAGAAAAUGCAUUAUAUAGAUGCAAGUAUACAUGUAUAUAAAGUGCAGAUAUUUCAGCUGUAACUAAAUGUAAUUUGUCCACAUGUUGUGCAGCAUUAAGCUGGACUGGCUGCAAUAACUUGUAACCUGUGCAGAUGGAGAAGGCAGUCAACCUUCUAUUUAUGAAGAGAUAUUUUGGGCUGUUCAGGUAACAUGAGCAGUUAAAUUUUAGUGUCAAACACUAAUUCCAGAAAGUCACACUUUAUACAUUCAAAGGCUGACAGAUUUUCAUGUCAUUUUAAGCUGUAUGCCUUAACUAUUUUCUUAAGUCUGUCUCCCCUAAGAUGAAUGCAUCUACAAGUCCAAUUGUCAUAACAGCUUAAUAUUUUGUGUUAAUCUAUGGAAACAAAAUUCAUAGCUAGUCUCAAUUUAGUGCUCCAUUCAAGCACCAAGAACUCUUAAAACCUUGUUUUAAAUGUAGAUUAACAAAUGAAUUAUCCAAUACAAGUAAGAUUUCAGCCUUUCUCCUUUGCCAGUCUUGCAUGGCAGCUUGUCAUGUUCUCCAGUCUUUGCCAAUAACGUGCAAGUACAACGUGAGUUUGUUUCCUUAAUUCUUGCUCCCCUCCACAAAGAACUAAAAUUAAUCUUCUGAACUUGAGCCCCUUGUAUGAUAUUGAAAUCUUUGAACAUGUUGUCCUCUCCUUUUAAAUAGGCCACGUUAGAAGUAGCAUAAGUUUCUAUUUGCAUGAGUUAAACCUUUUUUGUACUGGUUACACCUGUGUGUGUGUUGGGUCAAAACAGGGAACACUCAUUCACUUAAUCAUGGAUGAAAGUGUGCACAUGUAAGUACUGUGAAGUAUUAAGUCAUCUUUGGGCAGUUAUAAUUUAAUUGCCCCUGUAUUCCAUAGAAACUAGCUCCAGUUUUUAACUGGGACAAUAAAAUUAUGGUGUAUUUAUGAUUUUAAAA